CGCGCACUCCCCACACACCAAAUGUCAAGGCCAAGAAACUCUUCUCUUAUUUCACUCCAAUACGUCGUCUGGCGCAAGUCGCUAUACGAUCGCCCCAUUAUAACACAUAUACUGCGCUGAGAAAGGCCGUCGCAUUCUCAAAAACAUUUAAAUUCGCCAGGCGCAAUACUACCAACGCCCCGCCGACGCACAAGCAGUUCAUUGCAACCAUGUCUGAGACCAAGAUCCAGCCGGUGGAUCCCCAAAAGCUAGGGAAGAUUUCGUUCAAAAAGACGGAAGACUUGAUCGACGACUGGCAUAUUGAAUAUGACGAGUCAGCGAGUGCUGAUGAUCAUUUCGGUAAUCUCAAAGCAGCGGCUCGCGAUCUGGUGGAGACGGAUGUACCCGUCGCAUUUCCUACCGAGACAGUAUAUGGCUUGGGAGCAGAUGCGACAAGAAGUGCGGCUGUAAAAGAAAUCUUUGCUCGCAAGGGGCGACCGGCGGAUAAUCCACUGAUUGUUCACGUACACUCUUUACCACAACUUCGCGCACUGUUGUCAGGGAAGCUCGAAGUCACAGGCGAUGGGAAGAUCAAUGGCAAGGACCCCAUACCAGAGAUCUACAGACCAUUGAUUGAGCGGUUCUGGCCUGGCCCUCUCACCCUCAUCCUUCCGAUUCCAGAGACUUCGAUCCUCGCGCCAGAAGUCACGGCCGGUCUUUCAACAUUUGGCGCACGAAUGCCACGCUCCAUGAUUGCCUUGUCUCUCUUGCGACUAUGUGGACGACCUCUUGCUGCACCCUCUGCGAACGCAUCGACCCGUCCAUCCCCCACAGCCGCCGAGCACGUUUACGACGACCUAAACGGAAAGAUAACACGGAUAAUUGACGGUGGGCCAUGCGAAGUGGGUGUCGAAAGUACAGUCGUAGACGGGCUAUCCAGUCCACCAGCGAUAUUACGACCAGGCGGUGUAACAGUAGAACAACUGCGGCAAUGCCCUGGGUGGGAGAAUGUAGUGGUAGGAUACAAGGACAAGCAGGCAGAAGACUCGAGUAAACCCCGAGCGCCAGGAAUGAAGUACCGACACUACAGCCCCAAAGCGUCUGUCCUUCUCUUUGAGGUAGGCGCAGAGCAGCCUACGCCUGAAGAGUUGAAAAGCAAGAGCCGGAUUGGCAUUGUUAGGACAAAGAACUGGAAACUCGCACUGGGCUUGAGUGCUGAAAAAGUGCAGUUGGCAAAUUCAAACGGAUGGAGUUGCUCUACACCGCAAACCGAAGCUCCUGUAAGCACCGAUAUGUCUUCGCCACGCCAGUCCAAUCUCCUCCGAUCAGUCAUCCAGCACCAAAUCCCCGAGUCUGACCAUUAUAUUGUAUCACCUGAAGCCAUACACGUCUGGGACAUCAAUCUAGGUGCGAACACGGAAGACAUUGCGCGAGGUCUCUUUUCUGCACUGCGGGAUCUGGACAAGAAGGGUGUGGAGAUUAUAUAUGUUGAGGGUAUUGAUGAUAACUCUGGGGAUGAUAUAGCUGCUGCGGUUAUGAAUCGGUUGAGGAAAGCGGCGGAGAUACGGAUUUGAAUGGGCAGUGUUUACGAGUGUAGGAACUGUGAAGAGAAGUUGGUUACGUGGUAGUCAUGAGGUGUUUGGCGUUCGUGAGCUAUGGAGUGUGAUGUGGUUCUUGUGUCAAUAUAUAAACGAGUGAUAUAUGAUAGAGUUUUUUUUUGCAAUAUCGAAGUUACCCAUCUACCCU